CCCCCAAAAAGAGAAAUAUAUAUAUAUUUCUCCUUUCUCUCUCUCCCUCUCUCUAACAUAGUGACAAUGUGUCAGAAAACGUCUCUCCUCUGCCACGAAGAAGACUGCCACCGCCUGCCUCUCCCGAUCAAGCCACAAGCCAUGCUCACACAGUUGAUCCAAAAGCACCCUCAACAUAACCAAUCCCAGAAAGGACAAAAGACCAAUCUCACUCUCGUCGUAAGAGAAGUGAGGGCCAUAGCUCAAAUAGCCCUUCCCAUGAUCCUCACCGGUCUCUUGCUCUACUGCCGCUCCAUGAUCUCCAUGCUGUUCCUGGGCGGCCUCGGCGAACUUGCGCUGGCGGGUGGCUCCCUCGCCCUCGGCUUCGCGAACAUCACUGGAUAUUCCAUCCUCUCCGGCCUCGCCAUGGGGAUGGAGCCCAUCUGCAGCCAGGCCUUCGGGGCCAAAAAGCAUGCCCUCCUCGGCCUUUCCCUGCAGAGAACCGUUCUUCUGCUCAUGUUAACCUCAUUGCCCAUCUCUUUUUUGUGGCUGAACAUGAAAAGGAUCCUCCUUUUUGCCGGCCAGGAUGAGGACAUAGCAACAGAGGCACAAUCGUUCCUUCUAUACACAAUCCCUGACCUCCUGGCCCUGUCUGUUCUUCACCCGCUUAGGAUUUACCUCCGCAGUCAAUCCAUAACUCUGCCCCUCACAUUCUGUGCCACUCUGUCCGUUAUCUUUCACGUACCCAUCAAUCUCUUCCUCGUGAAACAUCUCGGCCUGGGGAUCAAAGGCGUGGCGCUUGGUGGGGUCUGGACUAACUUCAAUCUUGUAGCCUCUCUGAUCAUUUACAUACUCGUCUCCGGCGUCCACAAGAAGACGUGGGGAGGCCUCUCCUCAGACUGCUUCAGGGAAUGGAGGAACCUGCUGAAUUUGGCCAUACCAAGCUGCGUUUCAGUGUGCCUCGAGUGGUGGUGGUACGAGAUCAUGAUCCUGCUAUGCGGGCUGUUUCUGAACCCGAGAGCAACGGUGGCGUCCAUGGGCAUUCUAAUCCAGACCACCUCCCUCAUCUACAUAUUCCCAUCCUCUCUGAGCUUCAGCGUGUCGACCAGAGUCGGCAACGAACUGGGUGCGAACCGGCCCUUGAAAGCCAAGCUCUCGGCCAUUGUUGGCCUGGGGUGCGGCUUCGUGCUCGGUCUGUCAGCCCUCGUCUUUGCCAUCACAGUGAGGAAAACAUGGGCAACCAUGUUCACUCUAGAUGAAGAGAUUAUGAGAUUGACGUCCCUAGUGUUGCCCAUAAUUGGGCUGUGCGAGCUCGGAAACUGCCCACAAACGACAGGCUGCGGGGUACUGAGAGGCACGGCGAGGCCAAAGAUCGGAGCCCACGUCAACCUGGGCUGCUUUUACGUGGUCGGAAUGCCGGUGGGCAUCGGAUUGGCAUUCUUUUGGGGAUUCAACUUCCAGGGGCUCUGGCUCGGCCUCUUGGCCGCGCAAGCGUCAUGUCUGGUGACCAUGCUGGUCGUCCUGGGGUUCACGGAUUGGGAACGCGAAGCACGGAGAGCGGAAGAGCUGACCAGAGCCGGAGACCCAGCAGCUGCUGUUGCUGACAGCGAAGAGUUUGAGGCGAAGAAGCCACUCAUAGUCAUAGCAGAAAUCAAGGAGGAUUCGUUAAACUUAUCGGAAGAUUUAGAUAACACCCAUCAUCAUCCCCCGUCGUCACCCGUCUGAGACAGUCGAUGGUUUUGGGUUUUGAUCAAAUUUUUUGUCUCACCCUUUUCAUUGGUUUAAUCAAAUUUUGUCCGUUGGUAUACAGAUGGAUCGUUGUAUUGGGACGAGAAAGAGAGUGGUAAAGAGGAAGUUGUCUUCGGAUUAUUCUCUCUUUUACCAUUCAAAACUUGUGGGAAGUCACCGGAAUUGCGUGAAAUUACGAUUAGUUGAAUAUGGUCACGACGGCUGCAAUCUUGUACCGUACUAUUUGUCAGUACAUUGAAACUAUAAUACAAAUAUAUAUGUAUAUGUACAUAUAGAAAGAAUGAUCGAAAAGUUGGGGCUUUC